AUGGCGUUCCUCUUCAUCAAGCAGAAACUCUUCCCAACACGGGAAUCAGACAGACUACCAGCAGGCAAACAACGCCUUCUAGCUCGCAUCGAUGACGACGAGACCAUUCGGGGCGAGUCUGAUCAAGACCUUGAGUCACAGAGCUGUCGAUCCUACAAUACAUUCGGCAACGCCAGCCAGGACGAGUCCACAACAAGCAGUAGCAGCACUCGCUCAAGGAUCAACCCGCGCAUCGUCUCGGAUGCCAUCCUCGGUCUCUCAGAUGGACUCACCGUUCCCUUUGCCCUAAGUGCGGGCCUGUCAGCAUUAGGAAAUACAAAGGUCGUCGUCCUGGGUGGACUGGCUGAGCUCGCCGCCGGUGCUAUCUCGAUGGGAUUAGGAGGAUACGUCGGUGCCAAGAGUGAAGCUGAAUCAUAUCAAACAACCGUCCGCGAGACCCAGAAAUUAAUCCAGAAUGAUCCGCAAGAAACUCAGUGUAUGGUUCGCGAGACUUUCGCCCCAUAUGGUCUCUCGGACUCUGCUAUCGAGGAUAUCACACGCGACCUGCACGCCUCACAAGACCGACUCUGCGAGUUCCUGCUUACAUUCCACCACCGUGAGACAAAGCCUGACUGCAACCAAGCCUGGACCUCGGCUAUCACGCUUGCGCUGGGUUAUUUCAUUGGCGGGUUCAUUCCUCUCAUUCCUUACUUCAUCGUCUCGCAGGUCAUGGUUGCCUUGUACUGGAGUAUCGGAGUGAUGGCCAUUACCCUGUUGGUAUUUGGAUAUGUCAAGACCUGUGUUGUGCGCGGCUGGUCUGGACGUGACAAUGUUCUUGCUGGUAUCUGGGGUGGAGUUCAAAUGUGCUGUGUUGGUGGUAUUGCUGCCGGUGCAGCGAUUGGGUUGGUGCAGUUGAUUGAUACCGGCAGUUCAUGA